AGUCAGCGAGUCGGCGGACCGACGGCGAUUCAGUAAGCGAGCUCUGAAGGCGCUACAGUGCAUCGUUUUGUGCGUAGAAUCGGAUUUUAACCGGCUACAGCACGACGGGGUGGUAGUGGGUGAUAGAGGGGGCCAAAGGGGGUGAGCAGAGCACAAUGAACGACGCCAAAAAAGACGAUAGUACGGCUGCAGAUGGAAUACAAGGACCGGGUAAGCUGCGAAUGGCCCCCUCUGUGAACCACAACCAGCAUGACAGCGGCGGAGACGAGCUGGUGAGCUCGGUCAGGCUGUACCGGCGCCGGCCCCGGCUCCUGCACGGCACCGUGCUGCCCUUCCUGGCUCUGCUGUACCCGGGCUGGCUGUACGUGUGGUUGGGGGUGUAUGGAGCCUCAGACUACCCCGAGGCAGGCCUGCUUGCUCUGGCCGCCAUCGGGAUCGCGCACGUCCUCACUGCGCUCUCUGGCUAUUGGUCCGUGCACGCGCACUGCUGGCUCACUUGCUCAAAGGAGCCAGAUCCAAACAAGGCUACGCUGGCGAAAGUCAUUCCUACUCCCAAUAAUGGUUCUGCUGAACUUGUUGCACUACAAAGAGACCAGGAUGAGAACGGUGAAAGGAUUUUAUCCUUUGAGUUUCAAAAGAUCCGCUACGUCUUUGACUACAAAGAGAAGAAACAUUUUCUUCCAAUAGCAUUUCCCCUCAGCAACCCAAUGGGCUGCUUUCAGUCGUGGCGUGGCUACCAAGAAGAGACUGAGCUCAGAGCGGCAGAAAAGCAAUAUGGUACCAAUCGUGCUGAGAUGGUGGUGCCAGAUUUUCUAGAGCUCUUCAAAGAGAGGGCAACUGCUCCGUUUUUUGUAUUUCAGGUGUUCUGUGUCGGGCUGUGGUGUCUGGAUGAAUACUGGUACUACAGUGUUUUUACACUUUUCAUGCUGGUGGCAUUUGAGGCUUCCUUGGUCCAGCAACAGAUGAGGAACAUGUCAGAGAUCCGCCGCAUGGGAAAUAAGCCCUACAUGAUCCAGGUUUAUCGCAACAGGAAGUGGAGACCUAUUUCCAGUGAUGAGCUCGUCCCAGGAGACAUUGUCUCAAUAGGACGGUCUCCCCAGGACAACUUGGUGCCAUGUGAUGUGCUGCUACUUAGGGGGCGCUGCAUUGUGGAUGAAGCUAUGCUGACUGGAGAGUCUGUACCACAGAUGAAAGAGCCAAUAGAAGACCUAGACCCAGAGCGAAUUCUGGAUCUUCAGACAGACUCUCGCCUCCAUGUCAUCUCUGGUGGGACCAAAGUGGUCCAACAUAGCCCCCCUUUAAAGGCCAGUGCUGGACUCAAGCCUGUAGACAAUGGCUGUGUCGCCUACGUAUUGAGAACAGGAUUCUAUACUUCUCAGGGUAAAUUGUUAAGGACCAUACUUUUUGGAGUGAAGAGAGUGACAGCAAACAACCUGGAGACUUUCAUCUUCAUCCUCUUCCUCCUUGUGUUUGCCAUUGCUGCUGCUGUAUACGUGUGGGUGGAAGGGACCAAGGAUCUCAGUCGUAACCGCUACAAGCUGUUUCUGGAGUGCACACUUAUUCUCACCUCAGUGGUUCCUCCAGAACUUCCCAUAGAGCUUUCUCUAGCAGUUAACACUUCUCUUAUAGCCCUCGCUAAACUUUAUGUAUUCUGCACAGAGCCAUUUAGGAUACCAUUUGCUGGGAAAGUAGAAGUUUGUUGUUUUGACAAAACGGGAACACUGACCAGUGACAGUCUGGUGGUACGAGGGGUAGCAGGUCUCAGGGAGGGAAAAGAGGUAAUGCCUGUAUCUGAGAUCCCAAUUGAAACACAUCGGGUAGUCGCUACCUGUCACUCACUGGUCACUCUGGAUGAUGGACAGCUGGUGGGAGAUCCACUAGAGAAGGCCAUGCUGACUGCUGCUGACUGGGCUCUAACUAAAGAUGAAAAGGUCUUCCCACGAGCCUUUAAAACCCAGGGACUUAAAAUCCACCACCGUUUCCAUUUUGCCAGUGCUCUGAAGAGGAUGUCAGUCCUGGCCUCCUUUGAGAAACUGGGCUCCACUGAACUCUGCUAUAUCUCAACUGUCAAGGGUGCUCCAGAGACACUCAGAGGAAUGUUUUCAGAAUGUCCAGCAAGUUACGAUGAAGUCCACAGAGAAAUGUCGCGAGAAGGGGCCCGGGUGCUGGCCCUGGGGUACAAAGAGAUCGGACACCUCAGCCAUCAGCAGGUACGGGAGAUAAGCCGUGAUUCUCUGGAAUGCAACCUUCAUUUUGCUGGGUUCAUGGUUGUAUCUUGUCCACUAAAGAGUGACAGUAAGGCUGUCAUCAGAGAAAUCCAAGAAGCUUCUCAUCAUGUGGUUAUGAUCACAGGAGACAAUCCUCUGACUGCGUGCCAUGUAGCAAAAGAGCUGCACUUUAUCCAGAAAGAGCACACACUUAUAUUGCAGCAGAGUGCCAAUCAUGAUGGGUGGCAAUGGGAAUCCAUUGAUGGCAGUGUGCUUGUACCGCUGCCCCCUCCUUCUGUUUCUUCGUUUGUGGAGCAGUUCGACUUGUGUGUAACAGGUGAAGGCCUGACUCGACUGAGCUGUGAGACCCGGCUACUACACGCUUUGUUGCCACAUAUACGUGUGUUUGCUCGCGUCAGUCCAAAACAAAAGGAAUUUGUGAUCACCAGCCUGAAAGGGUUGGGAUAUGUGACGCUUAUGUGCGGUGAUGGAACAAACGACGUAGGAGCUCUCAAACAUGCUCAUAUAGGUGUCGCUCUGUUGGCAAAUGCCCCUGAGCGCAUAUUUGAAAAAAAGAAGCGGGGAAGAGAAAAAGAGGCGUCCACAUCCGAACCCAGACCUUUACCACCUGUCAGUACGGGAGGCAAACCGAGCUCCAGAGCAGCCAGACACCGAGUGAUGGCCCAGAGAGAAGAGCAGCUUGCAGCACAAAAGGAAAAGAUCAGCCAGGUCCUACGAGAACUUGAAGAGGAUCAAGUUCAAGUAGUUAAACUGGGCGAUGCCUCCAUUGCUGCCCCCUUCACCUCCAAACUCUCCUCCAUACAGUGCAUCUGUCAUGUAAUAAAGCAGGGUCGUUGCACUCUAGUAACGACACUCCAGAUGUUCAAGAUCCUCGCUCUCAAUGCUCUAGUGCUGGCCUACAGUCAGUCUGUUCUCUACCUCGAGGGAGUCAAGUUCAGUGAUUUCCAGGCAACCCUACAAGGCCUGCUCUUGGCGGGAUGCUUCCUCUUUAUCUCCAGAUCAAAGCCGCUGAAAACAUUGUCACGUGAGCGGCCCUUACCAAACAUCUUCAAUCUCUACACAGUGUUGACUGUACUGCUGCAGUUCGCUGUGCACUUCUGUAGUCUUGUGUACCUUUACAAAGAGGCACAAACCAGAAGUCCAUCCAGAGAAGAGAAGUUUGUAGAUCUGUAUAAAGAGUUUGAACCCAGUCUAAUUAACAGCACUGUGUACAUAAUGUCAAUGGCCAUGCAGAUGGCCACCUUUGCCAUUAACUACAAGGGUCACCCAUUCAUGGAAUCUCUUAGCGAGAAUCGACCGCUGCUCUGGAGUAUCGCCUUGUCUGGUUUAGCAAUAGUCGGCCUUCUUACUGGUUCUUCACCUGAAUUUAAUGAACAGUUUGCUCUUGUAGAUAUUCCAACUGAGUUCAAAUUAAUCAUUGCCCAGGUUUUGGUAGUGGACUUUGUCGCCGCUCUGCUGGUGGACCGUAUCCUGCAGUUCCUGCUGGGCAAAGGAACUCUCAGGCUGCCUUGUUGAACUCAGUGCCAACAGCAAACGCUACCCUUAUCAACCAAACUGUAAAGGGAUAGAAGACUUUGGAGGGGAAAGAGAAAUGUAGCUGUCAUAGAAUACAAGACAGCUGAGACAGUCAUGGCAUGAAGUACUGUUCACUCGGUGUCCUUUCGUUUGUCCUUCCAUACUCCUCCUUAACUUUUUUAUUUUCAUUGUCUGUGUCUCAGUUCUCAUAAUGUUCAAUCUAAAUCUGCCUUUUUUUUAAAAACUUUUCUCCCUCUUCAUCUAUCCCUCACCGUUGUUACAAAAGGCCAUGAAGACAGCAGUAUUGAAUGGUGUGAGAUAUUGUGCCAGCUAGAGUAAAACCUAUAGGCACAAAAAAAGCAGCAUUCUCCAAGAGAAUUGCAAUAGUGUUUUGGAUUUUUUUUUUUCCUUGAUUUUGUAAAAAGCUAAAAAGAUCUUUAAACAAACUUAUAAAGAAUUAAACAUACAUAAAGUCUGCCAAGUGUUUUGUCAAGUAAAAUGGCUGGUGCAAAGGUUCAAUUUGUCUCACAUGUCUUGAAGCAUCAUAUUCCCAAGAAAAAGUAAAGAAUGGUCAAGUAAUUUAGAAUACAGUAUAUGUGUACAUAGAGAGUUAUUUAUGAGAAUUUUUAAAUCACAGGACACUUGACAGUGGUGGAAACAAAAGUGCCACUUCUACAAGCAUCAGCGGAUCAAAUAUGACUUGAGACUCGUGAACGUUUUUUUUUUGUUUUUGUUUUUUUUUUACUUUCCAGCUGAUAUUAACUCAAACUUUAAACAAAGAGCAAUUUGCCUGCCUCCCUGAAUGAUUUUGAAAGAAAUUCAAUUGCACUGUGAUUUAAAGUUGUACAUGUGCAUGGGAGCACCUAAUGGGCCAUCAAAUCCAAAUACAAUACAAGCUAAAGGUUUUUUAAAUCAAUAUCUUCAGUUGACUACUUUG